AUGGCAGCCCUUCAAGGUCUUUCUGUUGCCGCUGCUGCCACGCAUGCCCCCCGAUCUGCAUUUGGGGCGGUGGUGACCUCCUCCCACUGCACCGUGGGUGCCCCGGCCCUGUCCGCAAGCCACUCCAUGCGUGCUGGCGCCGGGCUCAGGGGUCGCCCCAUGCGAUCGCCUGUGGCCGGUCGACGGGCCAUGCAGGUUAUGGCGGUGAGGGAUGGUGCCAAGCUGGAUCGCCCCCUCCGCGUCGCUGUCAUCGGUGGUGGACCCGCGGGAGCCUGCACCGCCGAGACUCUGGCUAAGGGUGGGGUGGAGACUUACCUCAUCGAGCGGAAGAUGGACAACUGCAAGGCAAGCAUUUCUAUGCCAUGCGGUGGCGCCAUCCCCAUCUGCAUGGUCGACGAGUUCAGCCUGCCGCCUGAGAUCAUCGAUCGCCGGGUGACCAAGAUGAAGAUGAUCUCCCCCUCCAACCGUGAGGUGGAUGUGGGCAAGACCCUGAACGACAAGGAGUGGAUCGGCAUGUGCCGGCGCGAGGUGCUGGACGACUACCUGCGCAACCGCGCCCAGGACCUGGGCGCCAACGUGAUCAACGGCUUGUUCAUGCGCAUGGACCAGGCGCCCGGCGACGGCCCCUUCACCCUGCACUACAACAAGUACGAUGGCGUGUCCAGGGUGGGCAAGCCCUCCACGCUGGAGGUGGACGCCGUCAUCGGCGCGGACGGCGCCAACUCGCGCGUGGCCAAGGAGAUCGGGGCCGGGGACUACGACUUUGCCAUCGCCUUCCAGGAGCGCAUCCGCAUUCCCGAGGACAAGAUGGAGUACUACAAGGACCUGGCCGAGAUGUACGUGGGCGACGAUGUCUCCCCCGACUUCUACGGCUGGGUGUUCCCCAAGUAUGACCACGUGGCGGUGGGCACCGGCACCGUCGUGAACAAGACGGCCAUCAAGCAGUACCAGCAGGCCACGCGCGACCGGUCCCGCGUGAAGACCGAGGGCGGGACCAUCAUCCGCGUGGAGGCGCACCCCAUCCCCGAGCACCCGCGCCCGCGGCGCGUGAAGGGGCGCGUGGCGCUCGUCGGCGACGCGGCGGGGUACGUGACCAAGUGCUCGGGGGAGGGCAUCUACUUUGCGGCCAAGUCGGGGCGCAUGGCCGCCGAGGCCAUCGUGCAGGCCUCGGCGCGUGGGCAGCGCAUGGUUGGGGAGGCCGACCUCCGCGUCUACCUGGACAAGUGGGACAAGCAAUACUGGGCCACCUACAAGGUGCUGGACAUCCUGCAGAAGGUGUUCUACCGCAGCAACCCCGCGCGCGAGGCCUUUGUGGAGAUGUGCGAGUCCGACUAUGUCCAGAAGAUGACCUUCGACUCCUACCUCUACAAGACAGUGGUGCCCGGCACGCCCCUGAAUGACGUCAAGCUGCUGGUCCAGACCGUGGGCAGCCUGCUGCGCGGCAACGCGCUCAGGUCCGGGGAGGGGACCUCGGUGUCCUUUGGCAACCGCACAGCCUCCGAGAAUGCCGCGGCGGUGUGA